AUGGAUGACUAUCCUGAAUACAAGUUCACCUGCUCGCAAGCACAACAAUUUGAAUGGAUUGAAACUCUUUAUCCAUCUCUGUUCGAACGUAUUAAGGCCAAAGUUCGAAGUGGCAACUUUGUCCCUAUUGGUGGCACAUGGGUUGAAAUGGACUGUAAUAUACCUUCAGGAGAGGCAAUGGUCCGCCAGUUUCUGUACGGACAACGAUAUUUUGAGAGUAGAUUUGGAUCUAGGUGUACUACCUUUUGGUUGCCUGAUACUUUUGGAUAUUGCUCUCAACUUCCCCAAAUCAUCAAGGGCUCUGGUCUCAAGUACUUUUUCACGCAAAAGCUUUCGUGGAACAAUAUCAACAAGUUUCCACAUACUACCUUUUGGUGGAAGGGAUUGGACGAAACUGCUGUACUGACACAUUUCAGUCCUAUGGAUACAUACAAUGCUCAAUGUACCGUCAAGGAUGUCGUAUUCGGUGUCGGCAACAACAAAGACAAGGAGUACAGUACUUCAAGUCUGAUGCUGUUUGGAAACGGUGAUGGUGGAGGCGGCCCUCUGGCUCCAAUGAUUGAACGCACUCGUCGUCUUGCUCAAAUCGCUGGUCUGCCUGCUACCGUCAAAUUUAGUGAUGCUAACGAAUUUUAUGAAGAAUUGAAUGCCACAUCUCGAGACCUGGUGGAAUGGAAGGGCGAACUCUAUUUCGAGUUUCACAGAGGCACAUAUACGUCUCAAGCCCAUGUGAAAAAGAACAAUAGGAAGGGAGAGUUGCUGCUUCGUGAUGUAGAGAUUUUGGGAGCUUUGUGUGUAGCACAAGGCAUUCAGAGUUACUCGUAUCCUAAAGGAGAACUUGAUCGUCUUUGGAAGUUGCUGCUUCUUAAUCAAUUCCACGAUGUUUUGCCUGGAUCCUCCAUUGAAAUGGCCUAUGAUGAUGUCAUGAAGUUCUAUGCCGAUGUCAUGACGAGCGGUAACAGUCUACGAAAAGAAGCUAUGAAGAGUCUAGGCAGUCCAAUGGUAGGGCAAGGAGCUCAUCGUGUGACUGUAUUCAAUGGAACGUCUUGGACUCGUCGUGGUGAAGUUGCAGAACUGGAAUCUUCCCGCAUACCAUCUGAUCUGAAGGAGAAGGUGUUGCAGUACUCUGUCGAAGGCUUUUAUGCUUUGUUUUUUGUCGAUGAUAUUCCAUCAUAUUCAUUCAAAUCGUUUGAGCUUGAUUAUUUGCCAACUGGAUUCGUCCCCGUUUCAGUGAGCACCAGUACCGCUGACGUGUUUACCAUGUCGGAUGGGGACUAUGUCACAGUUCAAGGUGGACCUCAAAGCGUGACAGUCCUCGAAAAUGCAUUUGUUCGUGCCACGAUUGAUGCUCAUGGUCGAAUUGUGAGCUUCUUCGAUAUCGUGAACGGACGUGAACUGAUUCCAAAAGGAUCGUUGGGCAACGCCUUCAAGAUAUUUGACGAUCAGUGCCUAUUUUGGGAUGCGUGGGACGUAGAAGUCUAUCAUCUUGAAAAAGGCUGGGAUGCCGGUGUAGGAACCAUCAGAGUCGUCGAGAAUGGUCCGUUGCGUGCUGUUCUAGCUGUAGAACAUCAGAUCACGGAAACGAGCAAGUUAGUGCAAAGGAUCAUAUUGAAUGCUUCCAGUGGUCGCCUUGAUUUUGAUACAUAUGUUUCAUGGAAUGAGAAUCGCAAGAUUUUGAAAGUGGAGUUUCCUAUGGACAUUGUGUGUGAUACUGCUACUUACGAGACUCAGUUUGGUUUCAUACAGCGCCCUACUCAUUACAACACCAGCUGGGAUUUGGCAAAGUUUGAAGUCUGUGGUCAUAAGUUUGCUGAUCUGAGUGAAUUUGGAUAUGGUGCUGCAUUGUUGAAUGAUUGCAAAUAUGGAUAUUCAGUACACAAGAAUAUUAUGAGACUGUCUCUAUUGCGAGCUCCGAAAGCACCAGACGCCCACUGCGACUUGGGAGAGCACGUCUUCAAAUAUGCAUUGUAUCCGCAUAAAGGUACUUUUAUGGAGUCUGAUGUUGUCCAAGCUGGAUAUGAAUUCAACGUGCCCUUGUACAUAAGUGUUGCGUCCCCAAAAUCAACUGGGAUACAACAAUACUUUUCAGUUGAUUCACGUCAUGUGGUCUUGGAUACCAUCAAAGUUGCUGAAGAGCCUCGAACUUCAGUUCAGGCUGACUUGAUUUUACGUUUAUAUGAAGCUUAUGGUGGUAGAGGACGAGUCACGAUAUCCUCUCUAUUCUCGAUCAAAGAAGCAAGGUUCUGCAAUAUGUUGGAAGACAUGGAAGGCGUUGUUGAACGAGAUGCUUCGGGUGCUUUGUUGGUGGAUAUGGCUCCUUUCAAAGUUGUCACUGUCAGGCUUGCCAUUUAA